AUGGAAGAGUUUGUCCAGAGCUCUGGAGAAAAUGGUAUUGUGGUGUUUUCUCUGGGGUCGAUGGUCAGUAACAUGUCAGAAGAAAGGGCCAAUGUAAUUGCAUCAGCCCUUGCCAAGAUCCCACAAAAGGUUCUGUGGAGAUUUGAUGGGAAUAAACCAGAUGCCUUAGGACUCAAUACUCAGCUGUACAAGUGGCUACCCCAGAAUGACCUUCUUGGUCAUCCCAAAACCAGAGCUUUUAUAACACAUGGUGGAGCCAAUGGCAUCUACGAGGCGAUCUACCAUGGGGUCCCUAUGGUGGGCGUUCCAUUGUUUGCAGAUCAACCUGAUAACAUUGCACACAUGAAGGCCAAGGGAGCAGCUGUUAGUUUGAACUUCAACACAAUGUCGAGUACAGACUUACUCAAUGCACUGAAGACAGUAAUAAAUGAUCCUUUAUAUAAAGAGAAUGCUAUGAAAUUAUCAAGAAUUCAUCAUGAUCAACCAGUGAAGCCCCUGGAUCGAGCAGUCUUCUGGAUUGAAUUUGUUAUGCGCCAUAAAGGAGCCAAACACCUUCGGGUUGCAGCCCAUGACCUCACCUGGUUCCAGUACCACUCUUUGGAUGUGAUUGGGUUCCUGCUGGCCUGUGUGGCUACUGUGAUAUUUAUCAUCACAAAAUGUCUGCUUUGUGUCUGGAAGUUUGUUAGAACAGGAGAGAAGGGAAAAAGAGAUUAAUUACAUCUGAAGCUGGAAGCUGGGAAACCUGAUAAAUGAGAUUUCUUCAGUUUACUACAACAAGUAUAGGUUGUGAUACAAGACUCUUUUCUUCUUGUGACAAACAUCUUUCAAAACUUACCUUGUCAAGUCAAAAAUUUUUUUUCAGAUAUUUAGUACCUGUUUAACUAUUAGAAAUAUUUCACUUCAAGGAGGAAAACAUUAGGGAAAACAAAAAUGAUAUAAAGCCAAAUGAGCUUAUAUUGAAAUUUAUUGAGCUUGUAUUGAAAUUUAUUGUUCUCAUUCACAGUUUAUAUGAAACAAAUUGUUAAGCUUAACUACAUGUCAACAUUGUACAUGUAAACAAGAACAUUAAGAAGUGCACUGACAGUAUCAGUACUAUUUUGCACAUACUCGGCAUGCUUUGGAUUCAUUUCAUGCAGGAUUGUGUUGUUUUGACUGUCUCUGAGGAAACUAUUAAAUAAUUAGAUUGUA